CAUAAAGACAAUAGCCUUAGUUGUGCUACAUGCACACGGACCGGAGUUGGGUCUACCUAAUUAGUUUCGUCCUUUCGAUUUAAUGCUCGAUCGCAUUCAAUGCCUGGCUCUACAACACAAGAGAAACGGUUAAGCCUUUUAGACGAUGAUGAGGCUCAGGCCUCGGCUUCCUCUUCUACCGCCCUCCUCGGAGAAGAUGCAGGCAAGGAUAUAGAGACCGGACGACCAGAAGACUCGACAUGGUCUACGCAAACGUGGGACGGCCGGUUACUUCUAUGGUGCCUAUCUCGAUUGAGAACCAUUCGAAGGAAGGUUAAGAGACACCCGGCAAGUUUUGCUGCCGUUUUGCUCAAAUAUACUAUUUGGGUAAUAUGCAUACUAUUAAUAGGAACGCCGAUUUUUGCUCCGUCAUACACACGACUCCCUCAACAUUUUCGAGAUCUAGAAUCCAGGUGUCAGGGACCUCUUCGAGCACCGGGAUGUGCAAACCUCCAUAACGAGAAGAUCUUUAUUAGCGUUUCCUUAUAUGAUAAGGAAGGUCACCUAGCGAAUGGUUUCUGGGGCGAGAGCUUGUUGGAACUCAUUCACCUACUAGGACAUGACAACGUUUUUCUAAGUAUAUACGAGAACGAUAGCGGUCCAGAAGGCGCCACCGCCCUUGAAAGCUUGAGACGACAGCUCAGGUGCAAAAAUGCCAUCGUCAACGAUCCACAUGUGCCUAUCACGGACUUUCCAACAGUCAAACUUCCCGACGACACCUCCCGAGUGAAGCGUCUAGCCUACUUGUCUGAAAUGCGGAAUCGGGCCCUGCGACCUCUCGACCGCUUCGACCCCAGCAUAGGGACGGAGCAAUAUGAUAAGAUCUUGUUCCUUAAUGACGUAACUUUUCAUCCGAUUGAAGCAGCGCACCUGCUUUUCAGCACCAAUGUCGAGUCAGAUGGGCGUGCGCAUUAUUUGUCGGCAUGCGCUGUCGAUUUCUGGACACCGCUCAAAUUCUACGAUUUAUAUGUCACCCGUGAUUACGAAGGUUAUUCUGCUGGGAUGCCCUUUUGGCCGGUCUUCCUCAAUGUCGGCGAGGGUGUAUCGCGGGCUGCCAUGGUUGGUCAGAAAGAUGCCGUUCCCGUUCAGGCUUGCUGGAGUGGUAUGGUGGCGAUGCAGGCGAAACAUGUGCAAAAUAUGAACGAAUCCUUACCGAGCUCCCAUUUCCAGGACAUUAGCAGUUAUGUCAUCGAUCCUGCGAGGCCACAUAACGUCACCUCUCCAGUCCGAUUUCGUUACGAACCAGAGGUCUUCUUCGAAGCCUGCGAGUGCUGCCUUUUCCAUGCCGACGUAGCCCAGGUAUCUAGAAAAGCCGGAGAAGAGGAAUUGGGGAUAUAUAUGAAUCCAUACGUACGAGUCGCAUACACAGAAAAGACGCUUUCUUGGCUACCUUGGGUCAAGAGAUGGGAACGACUAUUUACCAUCCCACAUGCUAUAAUCUCGUGGUUCAUGUCACUGCCCACUUACAACCCACAUCGCACGGUCCAAGAGGGCGAGACCUUCACAGAGGAGAUAUGGAUGGGUGAAGGCAAUACUGGCCAUUGGCAGUUAGUGCAGCGACAGGGUCGAAACGGGAUGUUCUGUGGCGUUAGAGAAAUGCAAGUUAUAAAACUUGAUGAGCGCGACGGAGACAAGAACUGGGAAAAUAUCAAGAUCCCUGCUGGCCAGGUAACACGAUUUCCGACCGAACACGGAGAAGUACAACGGUCAGGCGAGAAGUGGGAUCCGAUGGUGAGCUGGAGAGUUAGAGAGGAGGCCGAGAAAGCACGAAAGAAGCAGCAACAACAGCACCAACUUCCAUCCCUCUCAUGAUAUUCAGCACAUUAAGCUAUAUUGUUGACGAAUACCCCCAGUGUCUAACUAAACGUUUCCAUCCCACCAUUAUUAAGCCACGGCGGACAUUGUAUUAAGUUGGAUUAGGUACAUCCUUCAGGAUAUGACUAUUGGUCAGCAUUUG